AUGGCUACUCAAACAGGAUACGGCUAUGAUAGUCGCUUCAAGACAAUACAAAAAUUUACCGAUUUGCCCAUACCUGAACCGGGCUCUCUGGAGGUGCUUUUGAAAAUCGAGGCAGCAGGAUUAUGUCUUUCGGACCCACACACCUUAAUUGCGGGCCCAUUGGAAAGUAAGCUACCCACAAAGACCAAAACGAAAUUCGUGAUGGGUCAUGAGAUUGCUGGUAGUAUUUAUAAAGUGGGCCAAAACCUAAUAAAGGAUUCGCGUUACCCAAUUGGUGGCAGGUUUGCAUUGCAGAUUGGUCACAGCUGUGGAGUAUGUGAGAAUUGUCGUUUAGGUUUGGAUGGCAAUUGUGAAGGAUCGUACCAAGCGUAUGGCUUGAAUGAGGAUGGUGGAUUUCAACAAUAUCUUUUGAUCAGAAACUUGCGCACAUUGUUGCCCAUUCCUGAAAAUGUUAGCUUUGAAGAGGCUGCAGUGUGCACAGAUUCGGUAUUGACCCCAUUCCAUGCAAUCCAAAAAGUCAAACACAAAUUACAACCCACUACAAAGGUUUUGGUUCAAGGUUGCGGAGGUUUGGGGUUGAAUGCAUUACAAAUCUUGAAAAAUUAUGGAUGCACAAUUAUUGCCACCGACGUAAAGAAAGAGAUUCAACAGACGGCAUUGCAAUAUGGUGCUACGGAGUUUUACACGAAUGUCAACGAGUCUCUGCACAAGCCACAAUCAUUUGACAUAAUUUUUGAUUUUGUUGGUAUACAAGCCACAGUGAAUAAUUCAGACAAGUAUAUUAAAAAAAGAGGAACUUUAUUGAUGAUUGGGUUGGGCAAAUUCAAAUUUGUGAUGCCCAACUUUACAUUUGCUUAUAGGGAAAUUGAAGUUUUAUACAAUUUUGGCGGUAAUUCAAGUGAGCAAUUGGAAUGCAUGGAAUGGAUUGCCAAAGGUCUCAUCAAACCAAACGUGCAGGUUGUUGAUUUCAACAAGUUACCUGAGGCUUUGAGUGACUUGGUGGAGAAUAAAGUCAAAGGUAGAGUAGUUUUUAGACCAAAUAAGUUGUAG